AUGGCUAAGGUUUUGGUGAUCGUUGCGGCGCUGUUCGUGCUGGGAGCUGCGGCUCCGCAGUACCGAGAGCAGAAGCCUGGCACGCCGCUGCAAGAGCGCCGCACAAAGAUGGACUGGGAGGAGCUGACUAACACCAUUGAGGAGGUGUUCGGAAUCGCCACUUCGAGCCCCGAGGAGCGCCAGGAAUCUGAGGAAAUCGAUGAAUCUUCCAACGAGCGCCAAUCGGAGCGGAGACGCGAGUUCAUUGAGCGACAGCGUGAUCGUUCCGAUACUGCCAGGACUCUCGAGGAUCGCGAGGAACGCAAUCGUGAAGCGAUGGAACGAGCUCAAGGACGUUUGCCCGAACGCGAGGCACGUCGUCAGUCACGCCAGAAGGAAAAUCGCCAAUUGAAGCAGCUCAGCGAACGGAAGCGAAAACAGUGGGAGCAAGAUCAGGGUCAAGACGAGCAGCGUGAUGAGAAGAAGAAAGAUCGAUACUACAACGAUUUCCCGCUGUAUGAGUUCGCGUACGGCGUCCACGACCCCGAAACGGGUGACAACAAGGAGCAAUGGGAAAAGCGCGUUGGAGAUCACGUGAAGGGCAAGUACACGUUGGAUCAGCCGGAUGGGACGAAACGCAUCGUCGAGUACGAGGCGGAUGAUCGGAACGGGUUUGAGGCUGUAGUGAAGGAGAUCGAUCGUAUCGACGAUCGCCAUCGGGGAGAUGUUCGAUGGGGCCAUUCGGAUGGGCAGGUGGCACAGAGCUACAGCAAGCUCAAGAAAGUCGACUGA